AGGUUGUUGGCUUAUCGCGCUCUUGUUCUACGUAUAGUCCUCGACAGAUCGUGCAAGAAUGUCACUCUUCGGGGCUUCUUCGCUUUUGCUUCAUGUCCUCUCUUUUCUCGUUGGGGUCAUAUUUGCUCUGAAUGGCUGUAGGCAGUUGUAUGCGCCGUGUGCGGCGCCGAACACUCGGGUGGAGUCCUGUACUUGUUCGACGGAAGUGGGCAGGAGAGUGAAAAGCGACCCCAGCGACGAUCCGUCACCGGGCGUUCGGGUGGAGGCUUCGAAGGCAGUAGGCAGAGGGGUGACAAGCGAUGUGGCCCCGGGAGCGCCUGAGGCCUGCGAGCCGCGAAAGGUCUAUGACAUCAUCGGAAGCAAUUUGGUCGCGUGUCUGAGCGUCGCGUCAGGCUCUUUCGUUUCAUCUUCAUCUAAAGACUAUGUUGGGAAGACCAAGCGCUUCAUAAUUCUGCCAGCAUCCGCUGCCAGGGUCUUCUUAGAAAUCGGAGUAAGCACGAUCUAUACGAUGAAGACGACCCUGAUGAAGCGGCCCGAAUUCAAGGACGUUUUCGUCUUGCUCUUGGGGUUUGAGCCAUUGUUCGGGAAGUAUGUAGCCAAUCAAGAGUUCGGUAUGGCAUACUCCACCGAGGGGAGGCUCGGUCGCUAUGGGAAUGGUUUGAUUUUGCCCUUUGCAGUAGGCCUUGAAGAUGGUCUAGCUAAGUUCAACGUUGGCAAAAAUUCAGGCUGUUCAUCUCUAUUUACUUUGAACAUCAGACCUCCAACCGCAAGAAGCCCGGCUUAUUUGUGA